AUGACUAUCUACUCGGGCCCUCUCCAGAUCAAGCGCAAAGACGACCUACACUCGAUCGUCCUCUCCCUCUCGCUCUCCUCCCAACUCCCCCAAAACCGCCCCUACACCAAAUCCGACCUGGUCGACUUGAUCCGCCACGAACUCAAGACGAACCCCGCUGCUCGCUCGGACCCGCGCUUCGAGGGACUGUGGCACAGUAUGCGCGAGAGUAAGGCCCUCGGGCGGGCGACGUCGACGGACAGUGAGGGCAGUGGGAGUGGAGUGGGCGUAGGCCUGAUGGUGGAGAGUGCGAAGAAGGCUGUCGAGCGUGUGGUGGAGGGCGUGCAGGAGGUCCUCUCGGGCGAGGACGGCGCAGAUCGCGAACGCGAAGAAUCGACGUACCGCCAAGCGAUCCUCAACAAGCACAUCCUCGAUACCCUCCUUCACGGAGAUUCGACAUCUCCCACGAAAGACCUCGCCGUCGUCCCGGCGACCCGCUCGCUCCGCAAACGCGCGAGCCAGUCCCUCCGUCGCGGGUCCGUCAGUCUCCAUCAUGCGGCGGAGGAAGCGGUAGGGUUUGUUGAGACGGUGCAGGAACGCGCGAGUCACGCGUGGGUGGUGGUGAUGGGGAUUUUGGUCGCCGAGUUGGCGUGGAUCGUGUACGAGGCGAUUCCCUGGGCUGACAAGCACACGGGCCCGCUGCACUGGCUGCACCGCGCCCACCCAACUCGCUCACUCUCCUUCCGCCUCCCCGUCCUCUCAGUCCUCUACCACCCGACCUUCCUCUCCGCCCUCUCCCUCUGGGCUCUGACGACCUACCUCCUCCCCCUCGCUCUCUCGACGCUCAUCUCGUUCCCCUCGCACACUCCUACCCGUGGUCGCCGCCGCCCCCAAAAGCGCUCAAUCGCCCCUCCCAACGCCCUAAUCUUCACCCUCACACGCCUCUCUAUCGCCCUCCUGCGGGGCUACAUCCUCCCUUCCUCUUCCCACCACUCCCCCUCCCCCUCCACCGCAAUUCGAAACCUCUCCCAUAUCCUCUCUGAAGUGGCCAACGGAGUUGGAGCGCAUGGACUUGCGGGAGGAAGGUGGAGUUUCGAAGGUGCUGUGGAGGGGGUUUGGGGGGUUGUUGGUGUUGGGAUGGGAGUUGGGACGGUGGUGUGUUUGUACGCGGGGGAGCAGUAG